AUGUGGCACAGCGGGCAUAGCACCGAGGAUGACCCUGGCGUGGACGCCCUCUUCCCUGGAUCUGGCAGCGUCGGAUGGCCUGCGCUGGCAGCGGAGCAUGGAGGCCGUGACGGGGGAGAGGGGCGCCCCGCGACGUCGGACGUCGGCCGGGUGCUGGGCCCCAACGCCGAGGCCUGGUGGUCCUUCGACACGCGCCACAUCAGCGUCUCCGACGUCCAGAUCCUGGGCGACAGCCAGGGGGGCAGGAGCGAUGCGGGCGUGUACUGGAUGUUCACGGCCGGAGGGAUAGAGACCUCCGACGAGCCCAGUGGGACCGUGCUCCCCGUGGGUCAAUCGGGCGAGUGGGACGCCCAUUUCAUCGCCGGGCCGCAGGUGGUGGCGGCUGGCCCGAACGACCUGAGGAUGUACUACUAUUCGUGGGACGAGGGCCUGGGCCGCUUUGUGAUUGGCCUGGCUCGCUCCGAGGACGGUUUUCGGUGGAAGAAGACGGGUCCCAUCUUCCAGGGAGGAGAGGGCCAUGACGCCGCGGGGGCGACGGCGCACUGCGUGGUCCAGGACCUGGAUUCCCGCGCUUUUUUCAUGUUCUACGAGGCCGUGGCCGCCGACAACACCCGCUCCAUCGGCUUGGCGGUGUCGCCCGACGGUCUGGGCGACUGGCAGCGUACCCCGGACCCCAUCCUCCGAAGCGGGCGGCGAGGGCGCCUGGGACGAGGGGUCCGGGAAAACUGGGCGCUGCUGAUCGCCGGGAGCAAUGGCUGGGGGAACUACCGACAUCAGGCUGAUGUCGCACAUGCCUACCAGGUGCUCCUUCGCGGCGGCAUCAAGGAGGACAGGAUUAUCGUCAUGAUGUUCGAUGACGUCGCGCGGCACCCCAUGAACCCCCACCCCAACAAGCUGUUCAACGCGCCUGGUGGGCCAGACGUCUACCAAGGCCUCCGCGUGGAUUACAGCGGCACCGCAGUCAAUGCCCUGAACUUCCUGGCGGUGCUUGCCGGCAACCGCUCCGGCAUCGAGAUCAGCAGCAUCGCCAACGGCCGGGUGCUGGAAAGCGGGCCCCAGGACCAUGUCUUUGUCUACUACAGCGACCACGGUGCGCCCGGCAUUGUCGGCAUGCCCUCCGGCCCCUUCCUCUUCGCCGAUCAGUGGCUGUCCGUCAUCAAGUCUCGCUCCGGCGUCGGCUACGAGCACAUGGUCAUCUACCUGGAGGCCUGCGAGUCUGGGUCCAUGUUCGAGGGCCUGCUGCCCGAGGACAUCUCGGUCUUUGCCACCACGGCGGCCAACGCGCGCGAGUCGUCGUGGGGCACCUACUGCCCCGGCCAGAGCCCCAGCCCCCCGCCCGAGUUGCUCACCUGCCUGGGCGACCUGUACAGCGUGGCCUGGCUGGAGGACGCCGACGAGGCCAACCUGAGCGUGGAGACGCUGAAGGAGCAGUUCCAGGCGGUGCGCCUGCGCACCUCCCAGAACUUCACCUACCAGCAGGGCAGCCACGCGCAGCGCUUCGGCCAGCUCAGCAUGGGCACGCAGUCCGUGGCGGAGUACCUGGGCGACGCCGAGCAGGGGCCAGCCGCGUGGGGCCACGCCGGGGCCGGGGCGUGGGUGGGUGCCCAGGUGGCCGACGCCGGCGCCGAGUCUUCUCGGCGCCGGCGCCUCGGUCCCCAGGGCGCUGUGCCGCAGCGCGACGCCGACCUGGCGCCGCUGUACGCGGCGGUGUGGCGCGAGGGACCGGCAAACAGCGCCAAGCGCGCUGAGGCGGAGCGCGCGCUGGCGGCCGCGCUGGGGGCGCGGGCGGCGCUGGACGCGCGCGUGGCGAGGGCGGUGGGCGCCGUGGCUGACGGGCGGCGCUCGGCUGCGCGGCGGGGCGCGGCGGGACGCAAGGGCGCCCCCUCGGCCGGCCUGGGCGCCGCGCCCGCCUUCUACGCCCCAGACCUGCUCUACGCAGGGGAGCUGCCGGGGCGGGAGGGGCGGCCAGUGGUGGACGACUGGGACUGCCUCAGGACCAUCGUGAUGAGUAACGACAAGAUGCACCCCCUGCAGGACAUGGUCGGGGCCUGGGAGGGUGUGUGCGGGGCGCUGGACCAGUAUGGCAUGCGGCACAGCAGGGCCUUUGCCAACCUGUGCAACGCCGGCGUGCGGCCCGCGGAGCUGGGGACCGCGGCCGCGCUGGCGUGCACCGACGCCGACGUCGCCUGA